AUGAAAGUGGUACGUCAGUAUUACGAGGUUCAAGUUUAUGAUGAAUUCGUGAUCAGCGGCAACACAGCGGUCAUCAAGUGUCACGUGCCCUCCUUCGUCAGGGACUACGUCAGCGUCACUUCCUGGGUCAGAGGCAACGGCGAGCGGAUCGUCUCUGAUGUGUUGACAGGGGGACGGUACUCAGUGUUCGGGACGGGUGAGCUUCACAUCCGUCACGUCACCAAGGCGGAUGAGUUCCAGUCCUAUCACUGUGAGACUCAACACGUCCUGACUGAUGAGACGACCAUCUCCGCCGUCGCUGGAAGGUUGAUGGUGAACGAACCAAGGUCUUCCGUCCCUCCAAGGAUCACCGACUCUCGCUCCACCGUCACUGCCUCCAUCAGACACACCGUUGAGCUGCCCUGUGCUGCCCAGGGCUUCCCCAUCCCGCAGUACCAGUGGCACCGGAUCUCCGGGAAGGUGGAAGUGGCCGUGGUGCAAGACGGACGCAUCCAGCAGGUGGGCGGGUGCCUCAUACGACAGGUCACCGCCGCAGACGCUGGCAGGUAUGUGUGUGUGGUGUCGAGCAGUGUGGGCUCCGAGAGAACCCACACCACGCUGGAGGUAUGGGCGCCCCUCACCGCCCACAUCAGCCCCCAGGUGCAGACGUGGACGUGGGCGGGGUGGCCACCUUCAACUCUCUCCGAAGGAUUCCCGCAGGAUACCAUCACGUGGCUCAAGGACGGUGAGCCGCUACAGGUGGGGGGUCGUAUCCGGCUGGUGGGUCAACGAACUGUGGUCGUGGAGAAGGUACAGCGAGGCGACCGGGGAAUGUACCAGUGUCUUGUGUCAAACUUGGAGGGCUCGGCUCAAGGCUCGGCUCAGCUCAAACUCGGAGACGCGGCGCCGCAGCUGGUGGACACUAGCGGGCCCCAGGUGGUGUCCCCUGGGGCCCGGGUGACUCUGGUGUGUAAGGUGCAGGGGUCACCGCCCCCAGCUCUCUCCUGGACCAUGAGGGGACGACCAGCCAUCACCGCGGACCCCAGGAUCUCCCGACCAGGGCAGUGUGGACUACUGCUGACCCGGAGUGUUCCUCAGGUGGACGGGGACCAGGUAGAGAGUCACCUCAACAUCACCAGCGUGAGGGUGGAAGACGGCGGCCAGUGGACGUGUCUGGCAGAGAACCGCGCGGGACAUGUAGAGCACACGGGGCGCCUCAACGUGCGGGGCCCCCCAACCAUCCGUCCCAUGAGCCCCGUGAGCGUGGUGGCCGGCAGGACAGCCAAGUUCCACUGUGUGGUGGCCGGCUUCCCUAUAGACUCCAUCUAUUGGGAGAAGAGCGGAGUGGUGUUGCCAGUGUCAGAGCGACAGGAGGUGCUGGCCAACGGGACGCUGGUAGUACGGCAGGUGUCUCGUGAGGCAGACGGCGGCCAGUACACCUGUGUCGCCUCGGCCGGAGAGAACACCGCCAGGGCCAAGCUGCAGGUCAACGUCAUGGUGCCGCCUCAGAUAGACAAGAGAAUGAUCUCCCUCGGCUCUGGGUUCCCCGCCAAGUCCCGUGCCCGGAUCAUGUGUGUGGUGGAGCGCGGUGACCUGCCUCUAUCCUUCGCCUGGACCCACGACGGCCGACCACUCUCCCCAGGACCUACUAUCUCCGUCAGGUCGCUGGAUGAGUACACGAGCGUCUUACUGUUUACCUCACUGCGUCAGGAGGAUGGCGGCAAGUAUACCUGUACGGCCACCAACGCCGUCGCCUCGGAUGCCCAGACCGUCCACCUGGUUGUGAAAGUGGCGCCAUCAUGGAAGGUGGAGCCUGAGGACGUGUCGGUGGUGGUGGGGGCUGAGCUGGUCCUACCCUGCACCGCCCACGGGUCACCCACGCCCACCAUCACCUGGCGCAGGGCUGAGGGCGCUGUACCCAGGCAGUAUCGUCCCGUCACCACCCUCGGCGACAACGUCAGAGUGGAGAGGAACAGCAGCCUGACGGUGCGGGGGAUCAGGAGGGACCAGGGCGGAGAGUUCCUCUGCAGCGCCACCAACGGGGUCGGCUCUGACCUGUCCAAGUCCGUCACCGUCACCGUCAAGGUGCCGCCACAGUUCUCGGAGCAGCAGGAGAACGUGACUGUGACGGCAGGACGACGCAGCCAGCUGGUGUGUGAGGCCCGUGGUGACCUCCCCAUCACCACCAUCUGGUCCUCUGGCGACCCUCCUGCCAGGAUUGCAAAUGAUGUGAGUAGUGGAGGACUGAGUAUCAAGGAGACGGUGUUAAAUGCUUCUACUUCAUCGUCAUCGUCAUCGUCAGGCAGCGAGUCAUCCCGAGGUACUGGCGGCGUCCAAGGGUUCAGAUCUGUACUGACGGUGACCACCAGGACCCGCCAUGACUCUAAGGUCUUUUUCUGCCUCGCCUCCAACGUCUACGGCAACGACACCAAGAAGAUCAACCUUAUAGUGCAGGAGGUGCCAGGUACCCCAGGGGCGCCGCGAGUAGUGGACAGUGGGUCUCGUACCGUCAACCUCACCUGGGGCUUACCUACCCACGACGGCAACUCUCGUAUUUCCAUCUACAGGAUCCUCGUUAUCAACAGUACAGACUCGUGGAUGAACGUGGGCAGAAUCAAGACGGUAGAAGUGGCGACCCCUGUGGCCCAUAUCUCUGGCUUAGCCCCCGCCCAUGCCUACCUGGUAAGAGUGGUGGGCGUCAACUCCGUGGGUACGUCUCAACCCAGCCCGGAGGUGAGGGUGACCACCGCCCACGAGCCGCCCACCCUGCCACCCACCAACGUGAGGGUCAUACCCAUCUCCUCCACGAGUCUCCGAGUCACCUGGCAGCCCCCAGAGACCGUCAUGUCACACCGCCCUGGUCUGGGUUACUACGUCGGGUACAAGGUGACCAACUCCUCCGAGCCUUACCGCUACCAGAACCUGGAGCCCUCCGCCGCCGCCCUCUACCGCCCGGAGGCGACGCUGAAGGACCUGCAGAAGUUUACCAGCUAUGUCAUCACCGUCCAGGCCUUCAACUCUGCCGGUGCCGGACCCCGGACCCCGCCUGUUACCGCUGCCACCGAGGAGGAUGUGCCCAGCGAGGCGCCCCGGGACGUCCUGUGUACCAGCUUGUCAUCCACGUCCCUCCUGGUGAGGUGGACGCCGCCGCCCCCCACCGCUCUUCACGGCGUCCUGCAGGGCUACAAGGUCAUCUACCGCCCUGUACACCCCGCCAGGUUCUUCCAUCCAGACGACCUGAAGGAGAAACCAGUAACGAGUUUGUCCACGUCCUUGAUGGGGUUAGACCAGUACACCAACUACAGCCUCACCGUCACCGCCCACACCAGGAGAGGUGACGGCGUGCGAUCCAACCCCGUCUACUGCGUCACUGAGGAGGAUGUCCCGGGACCUGUGGAGUCGGUGAAGGCGUUGGCAGUGGACAGUCAGAGUGUGUUGGUGGCGUGGCGGCCCCCCAAGGCUCCUAAUGGUGUCAUCACUAAGUACACUGUUCACCUGGACCAACCCGACCAACAGUUUCAGGUUGGGGCGGCGACGUCGUGGGCGGUGCCGGGGUCCCGCAGCUCACCGGGGUCGUCGUGGGAGGGUGGCGGAGGUGUGGGCAGCGAGAGUGGAGGCCGGUCGUGGGUGGUGUCGGGCUCUGAACGACAGUACCUGGUGGCUGGCCUCGCCCCCACCACCACCUUCGGGUUCACGGUGAGGGCGUCGACGCUGGUGGGUGAAGGACCUCCGGGUACCCGCGUCACCCAGCGUCCUCGAUCUGAUGCUCCCGCCGCCAUCGCUUCAUUCUCCGACAAGACGAUCGCCGUGUGGGGAGAAGAGCUUCGCCUGGCGUGCAGAGUAGUAGGCAACCCCACACCCACACGCACCUGGACCUUUAACGGGAAGCCUCUAGGUGGGAAUGAACCUCGCGUUAAGGAGUACCCAGACGGCAGCGUGUUGGUGACUGACGUAAAAGCUCAAGACGCUGGCAACUAUACCUGCACCACGACCAACCUCCAUGGCUCUGACUCCAUCACCUACGCCGUCACUGUCCAAGCAUCCAGGGACCAGGGAGUGCCACCAUCACCACCACUUGUGUACGUGUCUGAUGUGACUGCCACGACCCUGACAGUGAGGUGGAGGACACCCAACGCUGGUGGUGCUCCCAUCCUAGGGUAUUACCUACACGAGAAGAGGGAGUUCGGCGAGUGGCGACGCGUGGAGGUGCCCCCAGACGCUGACUCCUACACCUUGACGGGCCUCCAGUGUGGCACCCGCUACCAGGUGUACGUUAGCGCCUACAACCACGUCGGGGCGUCUCAACCCAGCGACGCCAUCCCCACCAAGACUCUAGGGCGCGAGCCGAUAGUGCCAGCCCAAUCUUCACUACUGAGAGUCAACGUUACCUCCAUCUCACUCAACCUGGCAGCCUGGCUAGAUGGAGGCUGCCCCAUUACGUCCAUGGUGGUCGAGUACAAGGAGCGAGGGUUGACGUCCUGGACUCUGGUGUCGAAUCACGUCCGCUGGGAUAACACGACGGAAUUUGUGGUGCUUGACCUGAAGCCCGCCCAUCGCUACACCCUCAGAGUCACCGCCCAUAACUCUGCUGGUUCCUCUGUCGCCACCUACCCCUUCACCACCCUCACCCACCUGGGAGCCACGUUAUCACCUGAGUUAAUAGUACACGAUGCGGUUGGUGUGGCUCCGUGGUACCUAGACUCUCACGUGCUGGUGGCUGUGGUGGUCGCCUGCAUCCUCGUGCUGCUCGCCGUCUGUGUCGCUGUUGCCUAUACCUGCAGGAGGACCAGAACUCAUACACAGACUUAUAAAGAGGUGAACCACGUACAUAACGACCUUACGCCUGACUCUGGGUUAACUUCGGAGACAUUACUGGGAGGUCACAGCCUGGAGAUCCUGGAAGCCUACACGCCCUCCACCCUCCCUCUGGGCUCCUACGAUGAGAUCUCCCCCUACGCCACCUUCAGGAUGCCUGGGGAGAACAAAACCCCCCCUCCUCCACCCCUCCCCUCGCGUGCUGAUCCACCCUCGAGACUGAUGCCCUCCCUCCUACAGCCGGUGGCGAGCGUGGUGGACUCGACCUACAGCCGUGUCAAGAGAAAGUGUCCAGCGCCCCCUGACGUAGGCCUGUCUACGCCCUCUCGUAUCGCUCCAACUGAUCACUCCUACGAAAAGUGCAGCAUGGUCGUCAAGAGCAAGGGCGUGUCCAGGUGCCCCUCCGUCAACGAGAAAGCGACCAGCAAGGAAGCCAGUGGAUCGUCAGUCACAUCAGUAAGCAGCAACCACGAGGAGCUUGUCCGAGCCUACCAUGCCCACGGCCUCGACACACCCACCACCCCGGAGUCUGGCCGCAGGAACAAGUGUGGUGUGGCCACAAGCAGCGAGAUCACCACAGAGUCAGACACCACAGCUGAGCCUGACCUUGUCUCCUUCUGUGCCUCCUUGGGCAACACCCGCGCCCUCCGUGUCCCUGCGCUCUUCAAACCCGACGGAGACUAUCAGACGGUGGCAGACAUGGUCGGCGGGGGACGGUCCAGGACGGAGUCAACCACGAGUCAUGAGGAGAGUUCGGACGAGGCCAGAGGUACAUCAGCCUCCCAUCGUCGCUCCCGAGGCCAAGAACCACAACCCAGGCAGAGCCACCGACCAUCACGCGGCGAUCCUGACUAUAGCUACGCCAGGCCCGUCAAGAAACAGGGACCCCCACCCCCACCUCUGUCUUCCACAGAGAGUAACAGUGCUGAAUAUGGUGAUGGCUGGCCGAGAGUGGAGGGCGACGGUACCUACAGCCGGCGACACACCCUUGAGUUCUCUGAGGCCGAGUGUGACCAUCCCUCCAACAAGCAAGGUAUCGAGCCACUGGAGCAGCUUAUGGUCGAUUUGGAGAUGGACAAGAUUGUGUUAGACUCGAGCAAGAUGCCAAAAGUUUACACCACAGCUCUCUGACAGCGCCAAUAGCCCUCAGAUGUUUCCUUGGUGAGUGGGGUAACCAAGUGACUAUCUGAUGAGUGGGGUGAUUAAGUGACUAUCUGAUGAGUGGGGUGACCAAGUGACUAUCUCCUGAGUGGGGUGAUUAAGUGACUGUCUGGUGAGUGGGGUGGUUUCUCAUUCAGUGGUGCUACCCCUCAUCUGCCACCCUUCUUCACUGCCCCAACCAGACCCCACGAGUGAGAAUUAUAUCUGUCUGAGGCCAAGGGCUGCUGAAGAACUGCCACGUGGAAGUUUGCUGAUAUACCAUUAAUCUCUAGGUAAUACCACGUCACUCGCAACGAACCAAGAUUUAGUCGUAAGCGGCGUCAGUUCAGGCGAGUCAAAACACUAUCCAAGUCAGUCAGUCAGUCAGUCAGUCACUCAGUCAGUAAAGAUCGGUGUCCAAAAAGCUGACUGAUACAGUUGCUCUGGAACCACUCACCAAGGAACCACUCACCAAGGAACCAUUCGUUCAAGGGCCUCAACCAUACAACUUUUGUCUCAUGACUUCACACACCAUACAUCAUCAGUCUGUUUAUCUGGCUACCGACACUUGCCAAGGUGUCACCUGCUGGGAAAAGGUUUGAUACACAAAGUUGUCCUGAGAACUGUUCAUCAGUGUCAGCCACUAAGGAGCUUUUCAUCAGUGUCAGCUACUGAGGAGCUUUUCAUCAGUGUCAGCUACUGAGGAACUGUUCAUCAGUGUCAGCUACUGGGGAACUGUUCAUCAGUGUCAGCUACUGAGGAACUGUUCAUCAGUGUCAGCUACUGAGGAACUGUUCAUCAGUGUCAGCCACUGAGGAACUGUUCAUCAGUGUCAGCUACUGAGGAACUGUUCAUCAGUGUCAGCUACUGAGGAACUGUUCAUCAGUGUCAGCUACUGAGGAACUGUUCAUCAGUGUCAGCUACUGAGGAACUGUUCAUCAGUGUCAGCUACUGAGGAACUGUUCAUCGGUGUCAGCUACUCGGAACUGUUCAUCAGUGUCAGCUACUGAGGAACUGUUCAUCAGUGUCAGCUACUGAGGAACUGUUCAUCAGUGUCAGCUACUGAGGAACUGUUCAUCAGUGUCAGCCACUGAGGAACUGUUCAUCAGUGUCAGCUACUGAGGAACUGUUCAUCAGUGUCAGCUACUGAGGAACUGUUCAUCAGUGUCAGCUACUGAGGAACUGUUCAUCAGUGUCAGCUACUGAGGAACUGUUCAUCAGUGUCAGCUACUGAGGAACUGUUCAUCGGUGUCAGCUACUCGGAACUGUUCAUCAGUGUCAGCUACUGAGGAACUGUUCAUCAGUGUCAGCUACUGAGGAACUGUUCAUCAGUGUCAGCUACUGAGGAACUGUUCAUCAGUGUCAGCUACUGAGGAACUGUUCAUCGGUGUCAGCUACUGAGGAAAUGUUUAUCAGUCAGUGUCAACUGCUGAAGUGUUCAUCAGUGUCAGCUUCUGAAGUGUUCAUCCGUGUCAGAUACUAAGAUGUUCAUUAGUGAACAUGUCUUUAAUGGAAAUAUAAGUCGAGGUGACUGUUACUGAACACUGUGCACGAGAGGACCAAGACAUGAAGCGUGUUGGAGCCAUCGGCGCUGGUGAAGGAGCCGACCACUAGACCUCGUAUCUCUGUCUUCACCAAAGGUCUUGUAAAACUCUUAAAACCCAUAUCAGAAAAUUGUCAACAAAAGUCUUCUAAUAGGAAUUUGUUUAUUUAAAAGCUCAGAGUUAGGGAGAAGUUGUUCGGAGGACCCAGUGUGUGCUAAGUCACAGGACCAUAAGCCACCAUCUUCUGGAGACUGUCACUCGGAACCACGUGGUGAAUCUGAGGAACACUUAUGGCUAGUUGGGUGUUCCAGUACUUCAUGAAUUAUAUAACUUGUUAUUAUCAUCCUCUAUUAAUAAAGUGAUUAAAGAGAGAUGUACUGAUAAAAUAUCCUUAAACCCCAGUACAGUAAAUGAACCUUUGUGACGGCAGAGGGUCCUGUGUAGCUGGGCGUGAGGUGUGGGGAGCAACACCCAGCUCUUAAACCUUAUUGGGGAAUCUGAUGUAUAUGUUGAUGCUGUGAACUAUAUGUCAUCCCGCUUGUGUUUACAUCCAUGUUAAUCAUCAACUUAAGUGUGUUUGUGUGUGUUGAGUUGUGACCAUUCAUUUCCCUGAUACAUUAUCCGAGGGGCAGAUUGUAAACAGUUUGACACUAAUAUUUUUUAAUGAAUAUACUCAUGCACCAA